AUGCAGACUGCUUCUGCAAAUGUGUGAAAGAAUGGCAAUAAGUCCAUCAGUGAAAUUUACUUGCUACAAAAUUUUCCACGAUCAACUAUUAGUAGUAUUAUAACAAAGUGGAAGCAAUUGGGAACAACAGAAACUCAGCCAUGAAGUGGUAGGCCACAUAAAAUGACAGAGUGGGGUCAGGGCAUGCUGAAGCACACAGUGCGCAGAAGUCGCCAACUGUCUGCAGAGUCAAUAUCUAAAGACCUCCAAAUUUCAUAUGCCUUCAGAUUAGCUCAACAACAGUGCAUAGAGAGCUUCAUGGAAUGGGUUUCCAUGGCCGAGCAACUGUAUCCAAGCUGUACAUCACCAAGUGCACUGCAAAGCGUCAAUGCAGUGGUGUAAAGCAUGCCGCCACUGGACUCUAG